UCCAUGCCGCACUCUAACACCCACAUUAACACACUUAAUUUUUUUUAUUAUUUUAGUUACUGCAUUCCUUUUGCCGGCUUUCUCUUUUGGUAUGCAUCCGUUCCUUUCUUCCUUUGGAGGAGAAAAGAACUUUUGAGCCAAAAUCCAUCCUCAUCUUUAUCUACCCAAAGUCAUCAACCAAUUUCUAUUAAAUCUGGAAUUACGGGAAGUGGGGGUAUUCCAAACAGUUUUCCUGCACCUUCCGUUGCCGUUAUUCGAAGAGUUGUGGUUACCGUUGUUGUGUUAGCAAUGGUCUAUUUAGUCUGUUGGACACCUUAUUGGAUAGGAAUGUAUGCCCAAAGACUUUUUCAUUUGAGAAUGACUAAACAGACUGUAAUUGUCAUGUAUUAUGUACAUUUAAUGCCAUAUAUCAGCUGUGCGGCAUACCCGGCAAUUUUCACUUUAUUUAAUCGCCCUAUCCGUUCAGCCCAUUAUCAAUGGAGGCGGUCAAUGCAGAGAAGAAUGAACGGAAGUCAGUUGGUGAGGAGAGUGAGGGAUGCUUUAGUAACUAGGUAA